CGUGCGAACAUGUUUUCUGAAGGAUGAAGGAAAACUGAGCAUGCAGACAAUGAAUUUCCACUGUGACUGCCGUUCACACUCUUUGUUUCAAGCCGCUAACGCUGACAAUGGAAGUUCACAUAACGGGACCCUAUAAAUGGGGUGGCAGGCUGUUUCCUUGCAGCUUGCCCGGCUGUGGCGACAGAAGCGGGGUGGAGAUGUCAAAGGAAAGGGGUGGAUUGUGCACAGUCGAGUUUGGUUUCCAGCUGACAGCGGUCGUGAAAUUUCUCACAAUAUGCCAGUCUCUUUGAAAGAUGGCUGCUCCGCACAGUGGACUUGGAACAAAACGGACAAAUCACACGAGGUUCGUCUGCACGGAAAACGACACCAGACGGCACACUUCCACCCAAAUUGGAGCAAUGGGACCGCGGGAGUUCGGGGUAGUCUCCCCCUCAACUACGGCAGACAUUACUGGGAGAUCAGAGUUUCGCAGAGGAUUUUCGGCACCAGCAUGAUGUUUGGAAUUGGUACGAAGAAAGCUCGGCUGCACGUUGAUGCCUUUGUCAACUUGCUCGGAGAAGACGGUCAGAGCUGGGGUCUCUCUCACAAGGGUCUGCUGUGGCACAACGGAAAGUGCAGACUUUAUACAGAUCCUUUUAAAGAAAACGAAGCCAUAACCAUUGGCUUGCUCUUUGAUUGGAAUUCGGGAAAUCUGACGUAUUUUAAAGAUGGCCAGUGCCUUGGUGUUGCAUUUACGGGACUGAACAAAGUAAGUGAUAACCUGUACCCGAUAGUGUGUUCCACGGCAGCGAAGACAGAAAUGACUCUUGGGAUUCGUAGAAGAAGUUUCUAUAGUUUGCAGGAUCGAUGCCGAGCGGCGAUUCUUAUAAAUUUACAUAAAGACAAUGAGAUCGACAUUCUACCAUUACCGAAUCCCAUGAGAGAAUUCUUACGACACAGUUCCUGAACAAGUCUGUUUUGUUAAAACAUUUUUUAAAAUUUGUCGUGUGUGAGAAAACCAAAGACUAUUUUGCGAUAUAAGAAGAAAAAAACUAACAAAAAAACCAAUUCCUGUAAGUUUAAACAAAGACAAUCAUCUUUUACCCUUAUUGAAUUCAAUACAUUAAAAAAAAUACUCAAGACGCAUUACCAAAACUAAGCACUGUGUUUUGCGGAAAUUUGAUUUUGUAUUAUUUUGACGUGUAUUUUCUUUUAUCCCUUUGUGUGGACAUUUUUCUUUUCAAGAAAUGAUCCCAUUUGGAAACAAAGACCUCACUGACAGUUAGCUAUGGUUGGUUCAGGAUGCGCCCGUAAUCUCAACCUUUUGUGAAUAAUUAAUAGUCGAUAUUCAACAAACAUGGACGGGGCUACGCGAUCCCAGUGGUUCGUUCCCUCUGCAAUCUGUCGCCACCUUUUGUUUGGGCGCAGCAGGCCCCCGUGAUAUUAUUAACGGCCUAAUAAUAACAAGUAACGUAUUUAAAUAUUUAAUCUUGUUUUGAAGGUAACCUCCAACAGUCUGUUCUCCUUUCAUGGAUGCAUUUUAUUGUUUAAUCUGUACCGGUGAAACAGCCGAAUAUGGUAGCUUAUGUAUUUCAUGUCUGUUGUUUGGUGAUAUCGAGUUAAAACUUAAUAUCCCAGUUUUCAUAAAUAAUACUGAAAUUUUACAGGGGUAGUGUUCCAAAGAAAAUUUUGGUUCAGUGUUAGCGUGUGUUUAGCAAUACAUGUACAAUUUUUUUUUAAUUAUUAGAAUGUCAUUAUUUCUGUUAGAUGUCGGGGAAAAUCAAUAUCGCAAAAUGUUUGGUGGUGUUGUGGAUAGGAUGUCAUUUAGUUUAGUAGUAGGAUUAGGUCUAACUACAAACAUUAAGUGCUGUCGUAUUCAAAUUGCGGUGCAACUUUUGUAAUGAUUUUCUCUCGACGGGCUUGUACAGUUAAAAGUGCACUUUUAAAAAUUCAGUUAAUACAUCAGACUAUUACUACUACUAUUACUACUACUACUACUACCACUACUACUACAGUUGCUGCUGCUUCUGCUGCUACGACUACUUCUACUACUACUACUACUACUACUAUACACUACGACUAUCACUAAUCAUAAUGAUGCAUUUUUUAAAUUUUCUGAGAUUAAUAUGACUCCAAAUACAAGUUUUUCUACUGCUAAAUGUUAUCUUUAAAUUUUUGUAACCACAUGGACAACGUAAUAGAACUGGAUUAUUUUAUAAGUGCACUUUUAAAUUUUAGAUUUAGAUUUUCAUACACAGUAUAUGGGUGAUAAUUUUGUAUUUUAUAUACGAAUUUCUCCGGGAUGAGCCAGGCUAGUCAUUGUAAAUAAUUGUGGAAACUCCACUUAUUUAUUACUUAUUUAUUUCAGUGUGUUAAUGCACAAAUAAUGCAAACAUGUACAUUUGUAGUAAUUUAUAAAUAUGAUUAUUGAGUAGAAAAUUAGUGAACCUUGAUCUUGUAGAAAGAUCAUAACAUUGGCGGGCUCAAUGUGCAAUAAACUGUAUAUUUAAUAAUUGUAAAAAAAAAACACAAUUUGUAUAUACUCGUAUUUAUGUAGAUGCUAUAAUAUGUAUAUAUAGAAUCGUGUAGGCUAGUAAUUUAUUUUUGUAAUAAAGAAUACUUUUUGAUAAUAAAACAACGAUUCGAUUUCAGUACUGAAACUGUAUUGAAAAUGUAUUUUCUUUGUUUCUGUUUUUUUUAAAUGUUCUCUUUGUCUAAAAACAUCGUUACGAUGAACAGUAGAUUUUUUUGUUUUUACUUUUCGACUCAUUUAUCAGUAUGUUGGUGAAAGGCCGUACUUGGAGGUGACAGGAGGCAGUCACCAUUGCCAUCUCUGAAAAAUUGCCCUAUUUACCUGGAGAUGACUAUAAAUCCAUGUUUUUCUUCUGUUGUUUUUAGAAAAAUUAUAGUUAUUUUUCUCAGGUAGGAUACAUUUAACAGUUCUUACUAUCUGUUAUAUUGUGCACCGUUUCUUUUUUCACUGCUCCCCAAGUUAUUUUAGGCACGGCACAAUAUAAAAUUAUGUACUUUGAAAAAUCUAUGCACAAAUAUGAUAUAUAUUUUCAUAACAAUAUGUGAUGUAAAUGUUAUUAAUGAUAUUAAACUCACUGUUUGUGUUAAUUAACGCUGUAUUUUUGCUACAAUAAAACAAUUUGU